AUGCCAAACGCAGACAUCUACAAAGACCUCAAAGACAAAAAAGUCCUUGGAACCCAGAUUCCCGUCUACAAGUCCGGCGACCUGGAAUACGAAGUCUCUGUUGAUGUUGCCAACCUCCUAUACCGCUUUAGUCGCCCCACAUGUGUCGUGAAGCCCGAGCUGCCAGUGCACGUGGAGGAGGUGGUCAAAUAUGCAUACGAAAACAAAACACCCAUUACCGUCAAGAAUGGCGGGCAUUCGUAUGCAGGACUCUCCACUACCAAUGAUGGGAUUCUUUUGGAUCUCUCCCGGAUGAAUGAUGUUUAUCUCCAGCAUAAGUCUGAGCCUCCGACCAUCACCAUGCAAGGUGGGGCGCUGUGGGCACAUGCGUAUCGGCAGUUGGUGAUCGAAAAGGUCAAUAAAUUGGUGGUUAAUGGCGGACGGUGUCCGACUGUGGGAGUGAGUGGGUUUGUGUUGGGCGGGGGGUUGGGUCCAUUUACUCGGAAGUUUGGAAUGGGAUGUGAUAGCUUACUGGAGGCUACGCUGGUCACGGGAAAAGGGGAUCUGGUAACCGUGCGCAAGGACGAUCUAGACCCCGAAAAGAGGAAGCUGUUCUGGGCACUAUGUGGAGCCGGUGCGAAUAAUUUCGGUGCCGUGAUCACGAUGAAGAUGUCUCUCCACGAAUUACAAGAGGACAAGGUUGUGGCAGGGAGAUACACCUGGUACCCCUCAACCGAUGAGAGGGAAGAAGGGUUCAUGGAGGCAAUGAACAGCUUUUACGCCGCCAAUUGGAGCAAUAGCAUGACCAUCGACACUAGCUGGUUCUGCGAUCUGAAGGAUGGGAAGGGUGAUCUUGCUGUUCGCUUUCUUACCUAUUACGACGGGAAGAAGCAGGAAUUCCAGGAAGAAAUCGAUAGAAAUCUUCGCGGAGAUGCUGGAAGUGAUAUCCAUAAAAUAAAGAACUCCCUGGCAGACAAUCUCAAACGUCGGUCAAUUGCUGAAGAUUCAUCGCGUUUUCUGCAUGAGACUCUUGUAUCCCAGUGGUCCGAGGAGACUAAGAAGGCGAUUCCCUCUAACAAGGCGUAUUCGAUCUACGCAUCGUUCGUUUUCGGAACAGGAAGUGAUUACACGGGUAUCACUAAGUCUAUCAGAGAUCACAUGAAGAAUUUUAAGAAAGAAUUCCGUGGAGAGUCAGCUUUGUUGCAAGUGACCUUUAUCCAUACCGGACAGCAAGCCACCCGGAUCGGGGCAAAUGAAACAGCUUUCCCUUGGCGCGACGCAUCGCGUAUCGCAUACAUCAUGCUUCAAUGGGAUGAGAAAUGGCUUGGCGAGGAGAUGGUGGAGUUCUGCAAGAACUUCAAAGAGAACCUGAUGCAGUUCUCUAUUGAUGGAAAAGCCGGUUUUCUGAAUUUCCCAGACCGGGAGCUGUGUGUCACAGAGGAUCAUCACCAAGCAUAUUAUGGCCCUAACAGUGAUGCUAUCAGGGAAAUCAAACAAACGUGGGAUCCCAAAGGGAUAUUUCAGUUUGCCCCGAAAAAUGAGAGAGAUGAGUCGAUCGCCACAGAUAUCGUGCCUAUCCUUCAAGCAGCCUUGUCAAUAGAAGAGAUUGUUUCGGCAUCACUGCCCCAUCUGAACCCUUUGAUGACACUUAUCAGUCAACUGAGUGCCGGAAACCUGUCAUGA